AUGCCCGGUACUGUCUCGUUCCCCGAUUUCCCAGACGACGUUCCGACUGUCCCGCUAUUGAUCAUUGACUAUGCUUUGAUCAAAGCGGGGGAUGAGAAGGAGAUCGACAGACUGUGGAAAGCCGCUACCGAACUUGGCUUCUGGUACCUGAAAAAUCACGGAGUUGAUGAUGAAGUGGUUGGCAUGUUCGACAUGGGCGCGGAGACGAUGGACUUGCCUCUGAGAGAGAAGAUGAAGUAUGAGCAGGGCGACGAGGGCAUGUCUUUCGGCUACAAGUAUAUGGGUGCGAACAUCACAGAUGAAAGAGGGACUCCGGAUAUCAACGAAGUCAUCAAUAUCUCCAAGGACGAUGUCAUGAGCUGGCCCACUCCGACGCACCGCACUUACCCGUCAACAGUCAAUGCGCGGAUGGAGUCGACAAUCAUUCCAUUCGUCCGCAAGUCCCUCGAUGUGACCAACACUCUCCUGAAUGUCUUGAACGAUCGUCUUGGACUUCCCAGAGGCGCUAUCGCUAAGAGGCACAGCGUGAUGGAAUACAGCGGAUGCGAAGCUAGGUGCAUCAAAUCGCCAAAAACCAUGGAUAUACCUUCGGAUAGCGCGCUGCUCGGGGCACACACAGACUUUGGUUCCUUGUCGUUUCUUCAUAACCGACUCGGCGGUCUACAGGUCCUUACGCCUGGCGCAGACACCUGGAAAUAUGUGAAACCUAUUCCUGGGCAUGCGAUCUGUAAUCUCGGGGAUGCCAUGGUUAUUUUCAGUGGCGGAAUUCUGCGUUCGAACCUUCACCGCGUCGUUCCGCCUCCCAAGCAGCAAGCAGCUUAUGACCGCUGGUCUCUAGUAUUCUUCUUACGCCCGGGAAAGUCGUGGAAGAUGGCACCCCUCUCCGAGGAAAGUGAUAUGAUCGCAGAAGCUGUGGCCAAAGCGCCCCCGGGCAAGUAUGAUACUGACGAAACAGCUGGAUCAUGGCAGGCUAGGAGGGUCAAGAAUCGGAGGAUGGCCAAUCGCAAGGGUCCCGAGACUUGGUUGGCGAGCAAGGGAACUGAAUAUCGAUCGAUCUGAGGUUGAGUGGGCCGUCUUGUGAGAUAUCUGACGCAAGAACCAUACGAUUGGCAUGACUUGUGACCCUGGCAGUUUAAAAUAUGUACGAAUCAAGGACAUUAGUAUUUCAAGACCUAUCUGAAGCACGAGUGACGAUGAACAGUGCUGAUAUUAUAGUGCAGUCAGGCUUAUUUGGGUGGGCGUAGAAACGCUUGCCCUCAGAUACUAAAUAAAUUAACCACCGAACAAAGAUACCUGUUACCGCUCCCACCAGGUGUGAAGAUAGGAAGGCAAGUAUCCUCAAUUUGGAUCCCCACCAUGAAUUUAGAGAUGAGGUCAGCCAAACUCACCUCCUCGUCAUGAGGAUGUAUUGGCCGCCUGAGGGAAUCUAGUACAGCGUAGCGCCAGUUGUAGCGGAUCGGGGCCCAUCGGGGCAUACUGUACCUCCAGAUGAUACGUUCGACUUUUCCAGCU